CUUCAGUUUUUCGCACUUCUCUUUGACACUCUUGUCAAGGCCCUGCUGUUUGAGUUGUCCAUAGUCGAUCAUAUCUGUUUCAGUGCUUCAUGGUCCUUCUUCUACAGCUCUCCUAAUACUGAUUCUGGUUAUCCUUGAUCUUGGAGAAUUACCAGUUUGAUCAUAUUCAUACCGUAUGUUCUGUGUGGAAAUUUGAUCACGGACCAUAUGGGUUUGUUUAAAGGUUCUGGCUUUCCCCUGGAUUAGACGAUUUUGAAAUCCUUUCGCUUUUUGUUUAGACACCUCUACCUAACGACGGUGCUGUGAUUGUGGAAAAUUCGAGGUUCUCUCUCUCCUUUGAGAAACAGCUAGUAGCUGAACUCAGUACAUACCACCCAGCUCUUUUUGGUUACUGUACAUAUGAGGGAAAAGAGAUUUAAGUGCCCCCCUCUACUGCCGUGUCAGAUUUUUCUGGGAUCUCCUACUUUGUGAAUGAAGUUAGCCCCCCUGCAGUGAAGCAUCAUAUUCCUGACGUUCCAGGCCUGGUGCAGUAGUGCAUGGUAUGAAAUGGAUUUCAAGUUUAAAGGAAUAACAUGGGUGGGGGAUUUUUACCAGAAGUUUGAAGAAGUGUGCCAAGAGGUGGAUGAUAUUGUCGGGAAGGAUGCUGUUAAAUAUCUUGGGAAUCAGGUUCAGAAUGUUGGAGAUAGUGUAAAAAGGUUCUAUUCUGAUGUUGUUCAGGAGGUGCUUCCUCUACCUCCUUUGGUCAAUUCUGAGAAACAUGGACAUCUUUCACUGACCUUGAAUAGUAAUGUUGACUCUCCAUUAGAGUCAGUCGCAGCUGUUGCAGAGGAUUACGAAAGGGUUGAGGAAAACCCUGUUAAUAAUACCAUUGUGUCAUCCCAUGUUUCUGAUGCAAAUAAUCUUACCAGUAAUCAGCAUGCUCAAGCUUCCAUUGGACCUGACCCUGCAAAUCAAGUUAACGAUGAAAAUUUCUCAAAUUCCUGUGAGGUGGCUGAUUCUGGCGCCACUCAAGAAGAGGUUGGUGAUGAUGAUUCCAGGGAAACUUCUGGUAUCAUGAAAAAAGACUUGAACGUGAGCCUUGAACAGAAUGCUGUCAAAUCAACCCCUGAGCUGUGGAAGAAUAUGAUGUGUCUUAACGAUAAAGAACCCCUUGAAUCCUCAACAUUUAGUGAAUCUUUAUAUGGUCUCACUUCCUCAGAAGUGGCAUUGUCUACUAUGCCGAGUGAAAGUUCCCGCUCGUCUGAAUCUGACGGUCUAUCUGCAAGGUCACAAGGGAGCUAUUGCUCUGAAAUUGAUUCUUGCAGGGGAAAUUCAGUUGAUACUGCUGGGUGCAGUUUAGACAGUUCCAUGGUGCUUGUAUCCUGUACAUCGACCCCUGAUGUAGGUGUAGCUGGGGAGUUCAUGACAUCACAGGCUGGACUUCUUUCCUGUGGCGGCAACAAGUCCAUGGAGUCAAAUGAGGGGGAGACUUCUGUGGUCGAUGAAGUAAUGCCUUCGAAUAACUUACCUGGAACCGGACUUAAACAUGGACAGAUACCUUCUGCUCAAGAAAGUGCUAUAAUAUCAGAUGAACGUCUAGCCGAUUCUAUUGAAUCCAUCAUGGAAGACAUUCAAUUGAGUGAUGAUGAUAUAAAGCUUGAUGAAAGUUGCAUAUUUGUGGAUGAUAUGGAACUGCAUGCUGCCUCCUCCAGGGUCCGAAAGCUUAGAUCAUACAAGAAAAGGAUCAAGGACGUGUUUGGUCGGAAGAAGCGAAUAGAAAAGGAGUAUGAACAGCUAGCCAUAUGGUACGGAGAUAGUGACAUUGAAUUCAAUGAUGGAACAUCACAAAGUGGCAUGCCAUUUAGCUUCCCAACAUCUCUGGACUCCAAAAACCUGCAAGUGCAGAACUUGAGUGAAACUGAGUGGCAACUUCUCUAACUGUAAAUACUUGAGCCGUUCCUUCUGUAAAUGGUGAAGUUGGUAAAUCAUGCUGGUUUCAUACAGACCACGAUAAUUGAGACUACUCGGUCCUUUCGGCGGUAAACUAAACUCAAGUUUAGUUCUAAGUAUCUGUUAGUAAUGUUUUGCUGUGUAAGCAGAUUCUUGAGAAAUAUACGGAAACUAAAAUAAGAGUAUAGUCUCCAUCCAGUGAAGAUCUGAGCCGGGGAUGUUUUCUUCGAUGCAAAGUGGUGAGAGUGAAUCUGGCUUCAUAAUUCGUUAUAUUCUGUUCAUAGUUCAAACACAAAUUUCUAAUGAA